GAUACGUCGGCCAUAUUGUGUCUGAGACAGCAGAAUAAUCUUACUACACUACCGAAAAGGAGGAAGAUUUCAACGACUCUUUUAAUUAAGAGUGGUUUGCCUCGCAGGUUUCAUCAAAGUAACGGUACAGAGGUGCCACAACUCCCUCGCCGGUGGCCCCCUGCCCUCCACAACCCUACCCCUGCACUCCAGUCCUACCCAGCUGCAGUAAAGUCCCACUCCUUACCUUGCCAAGCUGUCGGACAUGUCUGGUCCGGUUCCGAGUCGGGCGCGGGUCUACACAGAGGUCAACACACACCGGCCCCGCGAGUACUGGGACUACGAGUCCCACGUGGUGGAGUGGGGAAACCAAGAUGACUUUCAGCUGGUGCGGAAACUGGGGAGGGGAAAAUAUAGCGAAGUGUUUGAGGCCAUCAACAUCACCAACAACGAGAAGGUUGUUGUCAAAAUCCUUAAGCCAGUGAAGAAGAAGAAGAUCAAGCGAGAGAUUAAGAUCCUGGAGAACUUGCGCGGAGGCCCAAAUAUCAUCUCUCUUAUAGACAUUGUAAAAGACCCUGUGUCUCGGACCCCAGCUUUGGUGUUCGAGCAUGUUAACAACACCGACUUCAAACAACUCUACCAGACGCUGACUGAUUACGACAUUCGCUUCUACAUGUAUGAAAUCCUCAAGGCUCUGGAUUAUUGCCACAACAUGGGCAUCAUGCACCGGGAUGUGAAGCCGCACAAUGUGAUGAUUGACCACGAGCACAGGAAGUUACGUUUGAUUGAUUGGGGCCUGGCUGAAUUUUACCACCCUGGACAAGAGUACAACGUCCGAGUCGCUUCACGCUAUUUUAAAGGGCCAGAGCUUCUAGUGGAUUACCAGAUGUACGAUUACAGCCUGGACAUGUGGAGUCUGGGGUGCAUGCUGGCCAGUAUGAUCUUCAGGAAGGAACCCUUCUUCCAUGGCCAUGACAACUAUGAUCAGUUGGUUAGAAUAGCCAAGGUUCUGGGCACUGAGGACCUCUAUGAUUACAUUGACAAGUACAACAUUGAACUGGAGCCACGUUUCAAUGACAUUUUGGGAAGGCAUUCCCGGAAGCGGUGGGAGCGCUUUGUGCACAGUGAGAACCAGCAUCUGGUCAGUCCUGAAGCGCUGGACUUCCUGGACAAGCUGCUGCGCUAUGAUCACCAGGCACGGCUGACUGCACGUGAAGCCAUGGAGCACCCGUACUUCUACCCCAUUGUGAAGGACCAGUCUCGUAUGGCCGGAUCCACUAAUGUCCCUGCUGCCAACACAGCUGUGAGCACCGCCAGUAUGAUCACUGGCAUCGCUGCACUGCCUGCCUCCACCGCCUUGGGUCCACUGGCCGGCUCCCCCGUCCUGGCCGCUGCCAACAGCCUGAACGCCCCGGUGCCAGCGGCGGCCGGUGCCCCCCAGUGAGCGCUGCCGCGCUGUGCCGUGCCCUACCCUGCCCGCCCACACACCCAUCCCCUUACAAACCAACCCUCUGAGCCUUGGCACAGAGUGGGGCAAUGCCAACCUUUGCAGUGGUGACAAUUUUCUUUUCCUGGGUCGUAUUGGGAGGAGGGUGUGAGGUGGUGUCUGGAAUCAGAAGACAUGAGUGUGUGUGUGUGUGUGUGUGUGUGUGUGUGUGUGUGUCUGUGUGUUUGAAAAUCACAACUUAGUUGCUUGACAAAAAACAAUGCGUCUGAUGGAUGCAUGUGUGUGUGUUGUAUGUUUAUGCUCCUGUUCUAUGAGACAUUAUACACCCCCACAGAUGAGCUGGUCAGAAGAUUUUCCUUUUUUCCUAAUGGAAAAAACAUCAACACUCACAGGUGUCAAAAUCACAGUUUAGUUUAGUGUUUAGACAAGGCGAAAGGAGAAGUCGUUCGGACCAAAAGUAGCAUGUUUGCAAAGACACAAGGAGGAGGUCUAGUUGUUGCUGACUACCAGGGACUUUUGGCCGUGACAGCAGCUCUUUCUAGCUCAGUAUUAGCGUGAUGGCUCCCUGGUUCAGUGGAUGCCACAGUGUUGGGCUUUGGUAAUGGUGCUUUUGUGCUGAAUCGGAGGGCUGGACUGCAGCCCUACUCACAUAUACUUGACCUUAAAAAACACUUCUGCCUGUGCCGUAUGUCAAGCCUGUAUACCAAACAUCAUGCUCAUUUGUUUUUCUUAUGACAACUUGAGACCUGUACUCCUAAUUUCACGAGUCGGGGUUUGGGACUUGAGUGCACUUUUGCCUGGAGUUACGACUGCGCAGUCUUGUUGGUCAGUCAGUUAGGUUGCUGGCGUAGCCUUCUGCUAAGUGUUCCGUUACAAAGAGAUGUUUUCAACCUGCUGCUUUUCCACUUCCUUGAAUUCAUUCAAGUAGUUUAUGAAAACCAAAGUUUACGCAAAUGCUAGGAAAAAGAAAAAAGUACAAAAUAUCCUGUUUUUGUUUCUUCUAGCUGAAGGUGAAUGUUUUGAAAUCUUCACGGGUUGAAUAUUAGGUUAUUUUUAAGAGGGAGAAAAAAAGCAAUUCUUUCAUUAUGGUAA